UCUACUCUUAACAUCUUUUACACUCUUACUACAUUGGGUUUAUAGAUCCUUUCUCUUCAGCCCCAACCGAUCCCCAUUGCCAAUCUUCUCUCUAUAAACUCUCCGGACUCCCUUGCAGGUGUCUCAUACGCAAUCUUCCACCCUACCUUAUCGGAUCUUGAUAGAAUUUCCAACCGCAGGGGGAGCAAUGCUGAAGCCCUAAAACCAAAAGACGCUGCUCCUUGCUCCAAUUACACUACUAUUACAUUCUCUCCCUUUUACACACGACUCUGGGGAAAUUAAGAGAAACAAAAGCACCAUUUAUCUGGUACUUUGUUCCUAACUUUUUUUUUUCUGAGCUAUACAAUCUAAAAGGGAAGCGGGGUGUCUUGAAGCCACUGUGAAAUCCCCUUUUGUCUGCUUUCAGCUCAUUUCGACCUUCAAUUUUCUCUCUCAACUUCACAAUGUUUCAACGACCAGCCUGUUUACAGGGCCGACGCUCCCGCAAUGGCUCUGGCGAUGACUUCUCUACAUUCCCAAUUCGGCAACUAUUCGUGUUAGCACUCGUCCGAAUCUGUGAACCAAUUGCUUUCAUGUCGAUUUUCCCAUACGUAUAUCACAUGGUCGAAUCAUUCCAUGUGACGGAUAACGACCGCCAAAUCGCCCUGUACGCCGGCAUGAUCACCUCCUCAUUCACCUUUGCUGAAUUUUCGGCGGGCAUGUUCUGGGGCCGCAUGAGUGACCGGAUUGGUCGUAAGCCAGUUCUCAUCAUGGGCCUCGUGGGCACGGCCAUUAGCAUGGUGGUAUUCGGAUUUGCGCCCAACCUGGCCACGGCGAUGAUUGCGCGCGCGCUGGGCGGCAUGUUGAACGGGAAUAUCGGGGUCCUCCAGACGACGGUUGCGGAGAUCGUGACGAAGAAAGAGCAUCAGCCACGAGCUUAUUCGAUUAUGCCUUUCGUGUGGUGUUUGGGAUCGAUCAUUGGACCGGCUAUGGGCGGCGCUUUGGCCCAGCCCUGCGACAAUUACCCGGCCCUCUUCGCGCGCAGCACGCUGUGGGAUAAAUUCCCGUUUCUGCUGCCCAACCUCGUCUGCAUCACCGUGCUGGUUUGCGGCAUCGUGGUCGGUUUCCUGUUUUUGGAGGAGACGCACCCGGAGAAGAAGCACCGUCGUGACCCAGGUCUUGAACUCGGCCACUGGUUGGUCAACCUGUGCUGGGGCUCACGCGUGCAGCUUCCCGAUGAUUCCGACGUGGACGUGAAGGAGAAGUACUUUGAUGCACCGCCUGGAUACGAAACUGCCGAGUCAUCGCCUUGCCUGCGUCCCAUCGAUGACGGUGCUUCUGCUGAUUGUGACUUGGAGGGGCAGAAGAGCCCCGCGCCCAAGGCCUUUACCCGACAAGUCAUACUGGCCAUCGUUGCUUACGGCAUUCUUGCAUACCACAGUGUUUCCUUUGAUCAGCUGAUGCCGGUUUUACUGAGUACACCAAGAUCCGAUGACGACGUAGUGCUACCCCUCAAGUUUACCGGAGGCUUGGGAAUGGCCACGAAGACCAUUGGGUUUAUGCUCGCUGUGCAAGGCGUGUACUCGAUGAUCGCCCAACUGUGGCUGUUCCCAUUUGUCGUCAAGCACUUUGGUACUCUACGCACCUUCCGCUUCGUUUUGCUUGUAUGGCCCCCUCUCUACUUGGCUGUGCCCUACCUAGUCCUUCUUCCGGCCAAGCUCCAAAUGCUCGCCGUCUAUGUGUCCUUGAUCAGCAAGAUCACAUUCCAUGUCAUCGCUUUCCCAGCCACUGCCAUCCUCUUGGCCAAUGCCGCCCCGUCUUCUAAAGUGCUGGGCUCUAUCAACGGCGUUGCCGCCUCAACUGCCAGUCUCAGCCGGGCCUUUGGUCCGACCAUCACCGGUCUUCUCCACUCCAAGGGUCUCGAUAGUGGAUACUCCGUGCUAGCCUGGUGGGCCUGCGGUCUUGUCUGCCUGAUCGGCGCCAUCCAAAGUUUCUGGAUGGAGGAAUCCCCGGAGCCUGAGCGCUUCAAGACUCGUCAGCCUGAGGUCAGCGAGUCCGAGAUGAAGCGUGAUGCCCUCUCGGACUUUGGCAACCAGGACCAGGACUCUGACGAGUUGCCAGAGGAAGAGCAGCGGUUGCUUUCCUUGCGCUCUAGUGUCGACCAUGACUUCGACAUUUCGCAACUCAACUUGAACGCCGUCGACAACUUCCUCAAGCCUCAAGGCGAUGUCACCCACGAUACCAAUGUCUAAAACUGUGAAGCUUGCCUAUUUUGCAGCAUCACCUUUUACUUUCUCUCCACCCUUCUGGAAAGGCAUAUUCAUUUCAGCGCUGAGGCGCAACGCGGCUUUCUUUUUUUUUGGUUUCUUUUUUUCUUUUUCAUCUUUUCCCGUCAUCAUGAUACCUCAUUUUGCUAUUUCAUUCUCAUGACUUUUGUUUGAGACCGGGAAACGGCGCAAUUAUAGAUGGUUGCAUUGCAUAUGCAGAAGCAUAAAAUUUGGGGUCUCUUCUUUUCUUUCAUGUUAUCUUGGAGCAUUAACAGGUUAUAUUAUGACUAUACUCAUGUGCAUCUGGGAGGUUAUUGUCUUGUUGUUUGCGCUUUUGAUCUGAGUUCUCUCGGAAGAUCGUGUCUUUGUCGGUUAGAGUAUCUUACAGACUUGCUCAAUAUUAACGGCCGUCAUCUUCUCUAUAAA